GGCGCCGAGCCCCCUGCGCGCGGCACAUGGGGCGCUUGACCGAGGCGGCGGCAGCGGGCAGCGGCGCUUCAGCGGCGCGCUCGGCAGGCCCCCCGCACACUCCCCUCACCCUCUCGGCCACCCACCCCGGCUGCGCCGCCACCAUGGCGUUCAGCGAGGAGGACGGCACCAACAGCGGCACCUCGGAGGCCGGCGAGGACAGGGAGGCCCUCGGCAAGAGGAGGCGUCUGGGCUGGGCGGCUACCACCUGGCUCACCUUCUACAACAUCGCCAUGACCGCGGGGUGGUUGGUACUAGCUAUUGCCAUGGUACGUUUUUACAUGGAAAAAGGAACACACAAAGGUUUAUAUAAAAGUAUUCAGAAGACGCUUAAAUUUUUCCAGACAUUUGCCUUGCUUGAGAUAGUCCACUGUCUAAUUGGAAUUGUACCUACUUCUGUGCUUGUGGCUGGGGUCCAAGUGAGUUCCAGAAUCUUUAUGGUGUGGCUCAUUACUCAUAGUAUAAAACCAAUCCAGAAUGAAGAGAGUGUGGUGCUUUUUCUGGUCGCGUGGACUGUGACAGAGAUUACUCGCUAUUCCUUCUACACAUUCAGUCUUCUCAACCACUUGCCAUACUUCAUUAAAUGGGCCAGAUACAACUUUUUUAUCAUCUUAUAUCCUGUCGGAGUUGCUGGUGAACUUCUCACGAUAUACGCUGCCUUACCAUACGUGAAGAAAACCGGAAUGUUUUCCAUAAGACUUCCUAAUAAAUACAAUAUCUCUUUUGACUACUACUAUUUUCUUCUUAUCACCAUGGCUUCAUAUAUACCACUGUUCCCACAGCUCUAUUUUCACAUGUUACGUCAAAGAAGAAAGGUGCUUCAUGGAGAGGUGAUUGUAGAAAAGGACGAUUAAAUGACCUCUACAAACAAGGUGCUUUUUCCAGAAUAACCAGGAUUACUUGAGUCCAAGUUUUAAUAACAAGAAUAAACAACUUCAUGAAAUA